UGUUAACUUCCGCAUCCGGAAGUGACUGCUUCAAAAUGGAGAACGUGUCCCUCUUCAAUCGUUCUUUGGCUUCUGAAACUCAGUUUAAUCAAAGAGGCGGAAUCAGUCGGGAUGCUGUCUGAGCGCUACAUGAGGACUGAGCGGCCGCUCAGCGACGCGUCCUCUGACAAGGAAAACAAGCCUCCGAGCGACCUGGUCCUUCAAACUGUCCGGGACGAAGCUGAGAAGAGCAGAGAGGAGGAGCCGCUGCUGAAGGACAACCCUCGUCGCUUCGUCAUCUUCCCCAUCCAGUACCACGACAUCUGGCAGAUGUACAAGCAGGCUGAGGCCUCCUUCUGGACGGUGGAGGAGGUGGACCUGUCCAAGGACCUGCAGCACUGGGAGUCCCUGAAGGAUGAAGAGCGCUACUUCAUCUCCCACGUGUUGGCCUUCUUCGCCGCCAGCGACGGCAUCGUCAACGAGAACCUGGUGGAGCGUUUCUCUCAGGAGGUGCAGGUCCCAGAGGCCAGGUGUUUCUACGGCUUCCAGAUCGCCAUAGAGAACAUCCACUCUGAGAUGUACAGCCUGCUGAUCGACACCUACAUCAAGGAGCCCACAGAGAGAGAGUUUCUGUUCAACGCCAUCAAGACUCUGCCGUGUGUGAAGAAAAAGGCAGACUGGACGAUCAACUGGAUCAAAAACAAGAACGCCACCUACGGAGAGCGUUUGGUGGCGUUCGCUGCUGUGGAGGGGAUCUUCUUCUCCGGUUCGUUCGCCUCCAUCUUCUGGUUGAAGAAGCGAGGCCUGAUGCCCGGUCUGACCUUCAGCAACGAGCUCAUCAGCAGAGACGAGGGUCUGCACUGUGACUUCGCCUGUCUGAUGUUCAAACACCUGGUGAACAAGCCGUCGUCAGAAACCGUCACCAAGAUCGUCAGGAACGCCGUGGAGAUCGAGCAGGAGUUCCAGACCGAAGCCCUGCCCGUGAAGCUGAUCGGGAUGAACUGUGACAUGAUGAAGCAGUACAUCGAGUUCGUGGCCAACAGGCUGCUGCUGGAGCUCGGCUUCUCUAAGAUCUACCAAUCGGACAACCCCUUUGACUUCAUGGAGAACAUCUCUCUGGAGGGAAAGACCAACUUCUUUGAGAAGAGGGUCGGGGAGUACCAGAGGAUGGGGGUCAUGUCUGGACCAACAAACUCCUUCAGACUGGAUGCAGACUUCUGAGACCGGACUAAACCCAGCCUGACAGCUAAUCUACCUCCACCCAGUACCAGUUUUAAGCUACUUUGUAAAAUAAAAUCUAUAUUUCUAUACUUAAUAUAUUUUUAUGUAUAUGAGUUGUGAUAUUUGUGUGUAAAUGUUAAUAAAGAGCAAAUCUAAACCA